CCCCCCUCUCCGCCGCUUUGCCACCAUGCAGAAGGCCCUCCUGAAGAUCCCCAUCAUUGGGGACGGUGGUGUGGGCAAGACAUCCCUCCGGGCCCGGUUCAUCCACAACAAGUUCAACAGCAACUACAAGGCCACCAUCGGGGUGGACUUCAUCUCCAAGGAGGUGGUCGUGGACACUGCCCUGGCGGCCACCCUGGCGCAGGAGCUCCCUUCUCUGUCGAAUGUGGUUGCCCUGCGCGAGCACUUCCAGGAGAACCCCCCUUCCUCGGAGCAGCCACUGCGUAUCACGAUGCAGCUGUGGGACACGGCCGGCCAGGAGCGCUUCCAGUCGCUCGGAACCGCCUUUUACCGCGGGGCCGACGCUUGCGUGCUGGUCUUCGACCUGAGCACCUUUUCUAGCUUUGACAACCUCAAGAAGUGGCAUGCGGAUUUCAUCACGCGUGCCGACAUCCAGCGGCCCAAUGACUUCCCGUUCAUUGUCAUCGGCAACAAGAUGGAUUGCGAUCGCUCCGUUCCUCGGACCACGGCCGAGGCCUGGGCCAAGAGCAUAAACGCCGUGUAUGUGGAGUGCUCUGCACGGGAUGGCACGCAUGUUGAGCGUGCCUUCAAGAAGCUGGCCAUCCUCGCGCGACCGAUGGUAGCCUCUUCUUUUGGCGGCCCCAAGCAUUCGAACACCGUGUCCUUCGAGCACCAGGGUGUCAACCCCAAGCGGCCGGAUGCGCCUCUGGGCGAAUCUUCCGGCACCUGCUGUUCCUAAGAGGCCCUGAUUGAGGUGUGCGUCCGUGUGUGCGUGUGUGUAUGUCAUCUGCCUGUGUGACGAAGAAAAAAAAGGGAGGCGGCGGGGCCGGCGCAGGCCUGUGGAAGCAUGUUCCCGCGUAUGCAUUCAUGUGCGUCGGGCCGCAUGCUGUGCAUCCCGCUGCUCAUUGCCCCAGUCUCCUUGUGCAGGGACGCACGCACAUGCAUUUGCAUGGCUCCACACGUGCAUGCCCUUCUAGGUGUGCCAGUGCCCAUCCGCCCUCGCGCGCGCGCGCGUGCGCUCCUUCCCCCACGGCACAUGUCCUCACACACCCACACACCUACACACCCACACACGCAGACACAUAUGCAGACACAUACGCACACACGCGCGCUCCCCUAUCUCUCCCCCUCCUCAGUUUCGUGCGGGAGUUGCUGCGUCCAGCCGGGACGCCUUUCCCGCUCUCUCGAAUGCUCUCUCUCGCCUUCGCGUGUAGACCCCAUUGGCAGACCGAAGCAGACAGACAUCAUGUCGCUCCAGCUCGUGUCUCUUCUUCAAUCUCCCCCCCCCCCCCUCUCUCUC